AUGAACGUUUGCCGUUGCUUCAAAUGCCUCAGCCCGCGUUCCGUCAAUCAACCAGCCCUUGUCUCGGCACCCCUGGCAUUCCCAUGCAUUCCCAUUCCCAGGCUUGACUUCUACAACGAUUCUGAUGGUUGCGCUCUCAAUGUUUGCAGGUGUGAAUCUUCGGAUGCUUGUCAUUUCGAUUGCGAAUGGUGCUGCCUUCAAGGCGAUCUACGCCCACCACAGCUGCCCUUUGAGGACGAUGAGCGCGCGCAGCGGUGGUUUCACCGAAAGUUAAAAAGCAAAGACGGGAGCAAGAUUCGGGCAAAACUUUGCAACAAGCUUGCUCUGCAGCUGCAGGACAUGGGCCACGAGCUGAUAGGCACUGACCAUGCUGCAGCCAUUGAACGCGUCUCCGAAGCUCUCACGCAAGGAACAGAUGAGGAGGGGCCUUUGGUUUGCAGCAUGCUGGCGAAGGAGCUGGAAGGAACCCGCUUUGAUCACCAGUGGAUUUCACAGGAUGGAAAGGGUCGUUACCGUCUGGGCGAGGAUGGCAUGAAAGUGGCAGUGCAGGUCUUGGAUGGCAAGCUGCUGAUCCACGGCUACUUCGAAGGUUCCUUGGUGCAUCCGGUGCGCAUUCCCAUCCUGACUUUUCUGACCGAGCAUGGUCGAACCUCGGAGAAGCAGCCGUCCGAUGACUGUGAUCUCUUCGGAUCUACUGGCUGGUUCUGA